AGUGAGUUGGUACAGUAGUGCUGUUGUUGUUGAAGCUGACUGUAGCCAUCACAUUUGAGAUUCUUUACAGCCUUCCUGGUUCAUUUAUUUUUCUGUAUGUAGGUUUCUGUGGAGUUCCGCUUCUCGGUUCGUCCAGUCUGUCAGGUUGAGCAGUUUGCUGCGAUGGCGGAUCACAGCGAUGUCAGUCUGCAGCCGGAGGAGCGAGUCCGCGCUCUGACCAAGAAGGGCAGCUCAGUAGAGGUCAACGACGACAUGCCGCCGCGGCGCUACUUUCGCUCCGGCAUGGAGAUGAUCCGAAUGGCCCACAUCUACACGGAGGAGGGCAACAUUGAACACGCCUUCGUGCUCUACAACAAAUACAUCACGCUUUUUAUUGAAAAACUUCCUAAACAUCGGGAUUACAAGACGGCAAACAUUCCUGAGAAAAAGGACACACUAAAGAAACUCAAAGAUGUGGCGUUUCCUCAAGCAGAGAUUCUUAAACAAGCUCUUUUAAAAAGAUUUGAACAAGAAUAUGCACAGUAUCUUGUGAAAAAGAAAGCGGAGGAGGAGGCUUUGGAGCGGGAGCAGUCAAGGCAGCGUGCUCUGGACGCCGAGCGGGAACGCGUAGCCGUGAUGCAGAGGCGGCAGCGGGAACAGGAGCAGUUCAGUGCCUUUGAGGAGAUGAUCCGCCGCCAGGAGCUCGAAAAGGAACGACAGCAAGUUCUCCUGGAGUUUGCCACUCCGGUCACGCCCUCCACCGACACGCCCCUCAUCCCUGGCAUCCAGGGCCCGCCGCUGGUAUCCCCAACAGCUCCUCUGAGCCCCAGAGAUCCGUCUGCCGCCAACGACCAACAAUAUCCUCGUCCUAUUGCGACCCCGGGCACACCUGCAACAGCUCCACCCAGCUUCGACCGCUCGCUCAAACCUGGCUCUCUGGUCAGCCCAGGAAACAACAAUACGAUGGUGGACGCCCUCCGGCAGCUGGCCGUUCCUGCUGAGCUGUGCCGGAGCUUCCUGAGGCUGGCUGAGGCCAACACGAGCCGAGCUGUGGAAACCUGUGGGAUCCUGUGCGGAAAACUGCUCAGAAAUGCAUUUACUGUGACUCACGUCAUCGUCCCCAAGCAGUGCGGUGGGCCAGACUAUUGUGACACUGAAAACGAAGAGGAGCUUUUCCUCAUCCAGGACCAGUAUGACCUCAUCACCCUCGGUUGGAUACAUACUCAUCCCACACAGACGGCCUUCCUAUCCAGCGUUGACCUCCACACACACUGCUCCUACCAGAUCAUGCUUCCCGAGGCCAUCGCCAUUGUCUGCUCACCUAAAUUCAAUGAGAUCGGCUACUUCAGGCUAACUGAUCGAGGAACGAACGAGAUCUCUUCAUGUAAACAGAAGGGGUUCCACCCUCACAGCAAGGAUCCGCCUCUCUUCACACAUGCAGGACAUGUGAACAUCACGGAUGACUCUGUGCGCAUGAUGGACCUGCGGUGAUCUUCUGUUGUGCUUUUUUCCACCCAAACACUCGAAGACUGUUUUUAUCGAAGCAAACCCAUUAAACUGGAAGAAGAAAAAAAGCCGAAAACAUCCGGCCACGUUUACCGUUCCCAUGGAGACUCCUGUUGUUCUCCAGAGAACCUAUGUUAAAAAUGUUUUGGCUUUUAUCAUUUUUGCUCUGUAAGAAGAAAAAAAAACAAACAAACAAACCACAUAUUGCACUUUCCAAGCAAGCCAACUACCAUCAGACUCAUGGACUUUUGAACCUCUUGUCUUUUCAUUAUUUCUAUUUUUGUUUCUUACGUGGUUUAUUGCAUCUCUGUUCUGCUUUUUUUUUUCAUUGAGUCAUAAAUCUGUGUGUUUGUCAGCGACAGCUAACAGGUGCGAGUUUGAUUCUGCCUAACAGAUAAAGUGCCAAGGAUGAGAACAUUCAUAUGUUGUUGAGUUUUCUGUUUUUAUUCUCCUCCCCUGUGUAAAGGCAGGGUCUAACUGUUCCAAACUCUUCUGGUUUUUCUUUUAUCAGCCUUCAAAGUGCUAUUACUGAUGACAUGCAAGCCAGCAGUAACUCAGGUACACAGGCAGUGCUGCUGCCCUGUAUUCAAUUUUCCCUUUAUGAACCAAAUCAAGAAUUUGGUUAAAGAUAUAAUUCCGGUUUCUGACAGAAGUAUCUUGUCAGUCAUUUCCUCAUUCCUUCUGUGUGUGGAGUGAGAAAGAGGGUAAAAUAAAUGUUCAGUUUGUUGACAUGUCUGAAAAUGUGUAGAACAGGCGAUCUGAAUGAAACUUCUGCACCACAUUAUCCAUCAUACUGUGGUGUGAAAACAUGUUUGCCCUCGUUACAGUUUUACCUUUUCUUUUGUGACUAAUGUUUCAUGCAACAAAUUUUAAAUACUGGGCAAAGAUCACCUCAGUUACUAAAAAAAAAAAUUGUAAUUUUAUGCAUCAAGGGGUAAAAGGCGAUUUAAACCUAAAGUGAUAAUUUUAAAUUAUUAGUUUAAAGAGAUUGGUUAAAUGUUUUUGGAAAUCUAGAUGAGACCCAGGUAUAAUUAUUAGCAGAACUCCAGAUAUAUUCAGAGCUGAGCCUCUGUAGAAAAAACAACUUACUGACAUUGAUCAGUCUGGAAAGGGUUGGAAAGAUAACACCUCAUUUAAGGAGAGACAGUCACAACCAAACAUGGCGGUGAGAAUCGGAUGAUUUGGGACGGUUUGCUUCUUCAACACCUGGAAGACUAAAUGAUAUCAUGAAUAAUGAUAUCUGAAAAAAAAAAUGUAUUUCCAGUCAUUAAAAGAGAAACUUAGGCACAUUUACAAUUUGAUUCUGCAGUAAGAUGGCGACUACUAAACUCCAACUGUGUUAGACGGAUCGCUUGUUAUGAACAACUCCAACUCAGCCAAGCGUGAAACAUACAUUUAGACGGGCUGUUUAGUGCUUCCUAGUGAGCCUGGCCGGUUUGAAUAGUUUUUUUAAUUUGAGAAAUACAAUUUCUGUAAAUGCUCAGGCCGUUUUCAUUCAAUAUUACAACUAUUUAUCUGAAAUAUUAAAGUGUGACAAAAAUAAAAUAAUGUAAAAGUCUGUAUGUGAGCAAAUAAAUUUUCACACCUCGGUACGUUACCAACUGUGAGUUCAUCAUUGAUGCCCUUCUACAUUAUUUGAUUACUUCUUUUUCUUGUAGCCAUAAAUAUCAGUGAUAUGCCAAGAAAUAAUAAAC